AUGCUCAGGAGAAACCUCCCCCAGGUCCUCUGCCUUGGGCUGAUGCUGGUCCUCGCUGCCAAUCUCCUCUUGCUGUUUCACGCUAAGGAGAUUGUGCAGAACUUGAUUCAGGGUGGUCUUCAGAAGGAUCCCCAUCGGCCUCUACACACAAGGGACAGGACCGUGAUGGACAGGCUGUCCCACCUGGAGGUGGCUGUGCAGCGGCUGAAAGAAAAUAUGAAAUUGGCUGUGAAGCAACAAGCAAGAGUGGAGAAGGAUGCGUUAAUGAGGGUGGAAGAUGAAGUUCAACCUGCCCCAAAGGCAUUGCAAGGCAAGAUGGUCAAGUCAAAGCAGCCCCGACCCCCAAAGAAACUCUUCCCAACCUCUGCGUUGUUCCAGCAGUGGGGAGAAGGUCUUGCUGAGGCUGAGCAGAGAAAGGCCCAGGACCUGUUUCACAGGUUUGGUUACAACGUGUACCUCAGUAACCAGCUGCCCCUCAACCGUAGCAUCCCUGACACGCGGGAUUCAAGGUGCCUUCAGAAGACAUACCCGUCCCAGCUCCCAUCGCUCAGCGUCAUCCUCAUCUUCAUGGACGAAGCCCUGUCCAUCAUACUACGGGCCAUCACUAGCAUCAUUAACCGGACUCCUUCACAAGUGCUGAAGGAAAUCAUCUUGGUGGAUGAUUUUAGCUCAAAUGGAGAACUAAAGUCAUCCUUGGAUGAAAAGAUUGAGUUUUACAACCAGAUGUAUCCUGGACUACUGAAAAUAAUCCGGCAUACGCAGAGAAAAGGCCUGGCUCAUGCACGCAACACGGGCUGGGAAGCUGCCGGGGCCGACGUGGUGGUCAUCCUGGACGCUCACGUGGAAGUAAACGUUGGCUGGGCAGAGCCCAUCUUGGCUCGGAUUCAGGAGGACCGCACUGUGAUUAUUUCUCCUGUGUUUGACAACAUUCGGUUUGAUACCUUCAAGCUGAUGAAGUAUGCAGUGGCGGUGGAUGGGUUUAACUGGGAACUGUGGUGCCGCUAUGACCCAGUGCCACAAACCUGGAUUGCUCUGGAUGAUGUCACUGCCCCAGUGAGGAGCCCUUCCAUCAUGGGCAUCUUGGCUGCUGAUAGGCUCUUCCUGGGAGAGAUCGGAGCUCUGGAUGACGGCAUGCUGGUCUACGGGGGAGAGAAUGUGGAGCUCAGUCUGAGGGUGUGGCAGUGUGGAGGGAAGAUUGAGGUCUUACCUUGCUCCAGAGUAGGUCAUCUGGAGCGACAUCACAAGCCCUACGCCUUGGAUCUAAGUUCUGCCUUGAAGCGCAAUGCCCUGCGUGUGGCCGAGAUCUGGAUGGAUGAGUACAAACACAUGGUCUACCUGGCCUGGAACUUACCACUUCAGAACUCUGGGAUUGACUUUGGAGACAUUGCUUCCAAAAGGGUGCUCCGGGAGAAACUGAAAUGCAAAACUUUUGACUGGUACCUGAAAACUGUUUAUCCAGUUCUGAAGCCAAUCCAUGAUAUUGUGGGCUAUGGAAGAAUGAAAAACUCCUUGGAUAAAAGUGUCUGCCUGGAUCGUGGACCCAUUCCGGGCAACACACCCAUCAUGUAUAUGUGCCAUGAGUUCAGUUCACAGAAUGUCUACUACCGCCUGACUGGGGAGCUCUACAUAGGACCACUGGUCGCAGAGGUUCAUGGGGAUGACCUUUGCUUGACCGACCCAGGGCAAAGGGAGAAGCCUGCUUUGGAGCCGUGUUCCAAGGCAGCCCAGAAUAAAUGGCACAUAUAUUGGGACUUUAAGCAGGGAGGUGCGGUCAUCAACAGGGACACACAGCGGUGUCUGGAGACUAGGAGGGAGCCCUCCGGUGCCUAUGGGCUUGUGCUGCGGACCUGCACAGCGCAAGUGUGGGACAUACAGUUCACCGUUGGAGGCUGGGGCCAGCCCAAGGCGCUGUGAGGAUGGGGAAGCCUGGGUGGGGGACACUGGUUCUUGCAGCUGGAGUAGCUCCUGCCUGGCACUUCUCCAAGUGGAGAGGGUGCAGGGUGAAGGUGAGUGCACGUUUUCACUGUGAUGUCAGUGUACCAUGCAGGGGAUGGGAAUCCUGGCAUGUGUCCGGCUGUCCAUGCCACUGCGAGGAGGAGCAGACAUCUGAUGCAUCUUCCACACUUCCUUUGGAAGAUCGUGAUAUACAUCAAUGCCACUCUUGGAAAGUCCUUGAACUAGCAGUGUCAAGCAGCUCUGUGGGAUAGAGUGAACAUGAAAGUUUAUCUUUGGCUUCUGUCAGCUCUGGUUAGCCUUCCUUCCUGACAGCUACUAUGGCCACCUGCCCCAGACCUCUUUCCUGGCUCACCUGCUCAGAGAGGACCCAGGCUGUGGGCGCUGCUCCUUGUGUGGCCUCAUGGUCCACAGCAGUGGCACUAAUUCCUCCUCCUUUGGGACUGUCCAGAGAAGUACAGCAAACAGAUAAGCAGCUGUAAUGGAGUUUUCCUUCCAUGCCCUAUAGCAGUUGUGUUUUGAUGACCAAUUUCUCCCAUACCAGAGAUGCUAGAGAGGAGAGGUAGUACCUCACCUACCUCAGCUCUGCAAGAGCGGUGUGCAGACAAGGCCGGCAA